CUGGCGGCAUUUAGCCGCAUUAGCUCCAAACGCACCGACGGCCUCCCUCGCUGCCCUGCCGCCAAGUUGAAGCAGCCAGCACCUCGCGCCUCAUCACCAUUGUCACUCCUUCACCACCACCACCGCCGCCCGCCCACUGCUGUCAAUCGUUCACCCACUCCCAGACUGCUAUUGUGCCGGCCCAGCGCUCCACAAUACCAGUCGUUCCAUUCCUUUGGCACUGCUUCGAUCGAUCCCAUCCCCAUCACCGACCAAACACCAACACACAGCCGACAGACAUUCUCGCGCCAGGUGCAUACCAGAGCCAGCCCCCAACACACCAGGCACGCACGCGAACCCGACCGCCCGCACGACCGACGCGCACAUGCAAACAUAGCUUCUCCGCGACACCCACCACCGCAUCAUCAAUUCACCAUCUUCGUCGCUGUGCGCGAAGAAGCUUGUGCAUAGACUUUCAGCCACUGGAAUCCCUUCCACCUCUGCGCCGGCAACGCAGAUUUUACGCGCAGGCGCUCAACUAGCCGCGAACAUCUACAGCGCCCGGAGCGACCUCAGCAACCAUGAAGGGAACAUUUACCUCCGUCACCGCCCUCGCCCUGGCCGGCAAUGUCGCCGCCUUCUGGCGCAUGCCUUGCCGCUCCCACACCGGCAUUGCUCGUAUUGAUCCUCUCGUCGCGCCCGCCGACGUGGCCGACCACUCUCACUUGGUUUUCGGUUCAGGAAACUUUGGCAACAACGCCACUUUCAAGGAUCUCACACAAUGCCCCGAUUUGACCCACGACUGCUCAUCAUGCGCUGUCACUCAGGACAAGUCGGCUUACUGGACGCCUCCAAUGUACUUUAGGCACAAGAACGGUACUGUCGAGAUGGUGGAAAACGUCGGUGGUAUGCUCGCCUACUACCUCUUCUACCUUGACGACGUUCAGCCGUUCCCAGAAGGCUUCCAAAUGAUUGCUGGUGACCCAACGUUCCGAAACUUCUCUGGUCCUUUCCCAGACGAGCCAUUGAGCUCCUGGCCAACCGAUCCUUCUGAUCAAUUCUUCUUGGAGCAACGUGCCAUCGGAUACAACUGCUUGAACUACGCCAAGGACCCCGAACCGUCUCUCUACCGCCACGUGUUCCCAGAACGGAGCGUCAUGGACAGCCAGUGCAAGGAUGGUCUGCGUCUCGAGAUGGCCUUCCCAUCGUGUGGUACUGGCGAGUUGGAUUCACCAAACCACCGAUCUCACGUUGCUUACCCUUCGCUCGUGAAGGAGGGCAACUGCCCCAAGGGUUAUGACGUCCACUACCCAUUCCUCUUCUACGAGACCAUCUUUGCCACGCAGAAGUUCGCUGGCAUGGACGGUGAAUUUGUCCUCUCUACCGGUGACCCAGUCGGAGCCAGUUACCACGCUGACUUCAUGAUGGGCUGGGACUCCGCUGACUUCCUUGGCAAGGCCAUCAACACCUGCACCAGCUCUUCUGGCAGAAUCGAGGACUGCCCUCUAUUCAACAUCCAGAGCGACGCUGAGGCUGCCAAGUGCAAGUUCCCUGUGCCAGACUACCUCGAUGGCGAUGACUGCACCGGACCUCGUGAGGACCUUCCAGUUGGUGUCCCGAUCCAGUACGGCCCAGAGCCCGCUACCAAGUACCCAGUCCAGGGUGCCAAGGGUGGCCCAGCUACAUCCGCACCAAAGCCAUCCAGUGCACCAAAGAAUGAGCCUCAGCCAUACAAGCCAGCCGAGGCGCCCAAGCCAUCUGAGGUCAAGCCAAACCCCCCUGCCUAUGCUCCAGCGGAACCAUCGGUCACUGCUGCUCCAUCUGCUCCUCCAGCAAGCAAGGGCAACAAGAUCACGACCAAGUAUGUGACAAAGGGCAACGAGGUUUACGAGUACAUCAUCGAGGAGGUCGAUGUCACAGUCACCGAAACCAAGACUGCUACCGCAGCCGCUGGUGCACCAAAGGCAUACGACACUCCGCCAAGCUACAAGCGCCACGUCGAGCGCCACGCCCACCACCACAGACAUUAAGCAAGAUACCCCCGAGACGUCUCAGAACAACAUUCCUCAGAAUUGUUGUCAUGUUCAAAGAGCAUUAGGGCCGGCGCAACUGUUUCUUUGCAGUUAUUCAAAUUUCUUUUGAAGCAACAAGCAUCAACAGUUAGCCCGUGUACUCUGUUAUUUCCUUUUUCGCGUGGAAGAGUGAAACCUUUUUUCUUUGGACACUGAAGCAAGAAAAGAACAAAUGUUCUACAGGGGAGCAAGAGGCCAAAACGACGACACAGAAGAAGUCACAUAUAGGUGUCGCCACCUCUUUUUACGUGGAAUGCGCGGUGUGGCAUGGGCUGGGCCUUGCAGCCAGCAAUCAACAACACAAAAACUCAACAGAACAAAUCAAACCAAAGAAGAAGAAAAUCAUACUUUUUGUCGUUUUUGCACAUAUUUCAACGAAUGCAACAAGCACGCUCUUGUGAUGGUAAGAUGAGCCCGACGGCAUCUUUUUGAGAAUAGGGAAGGAUCCCGCUCUCAAGCAAAUUCAAGAUAUAGUUUACAUUAUACCCGGUGCGUUCUUUCUUACUCACUCUUUCGAUCUGGAAGAGUGAACAAGAAUGAACGUUACUUUUUACACGGAUGGAUAUGGCAGUGAAGUGGUUGGAUGGUGGUCCGAAGAAGAGAGUCAGAGUCAGAUGUUUCUGAAAUUUCAGCCUCUUUUGUGUCGUGUCAAAUCUCUGUUUCCUUUUUUCAUUUCAUUUUCGAUUCUGUUUGUGGUUCGAACGUCUGUACAUAUCUUGCGACUGCGCACAAAAUCCAGUUCUAAGUUGAACUGAGCUGAGGGCUAAGCUUCCACUUCUCGUAUUCCAGCAUUUCUAUUUUCAUCAUCGUGCUAAGUGGGAUGACUCGUAUUUGUGUUGUGAUCAUGAUGCAUUAUGCAGAGCUAGUAUGUAGCUCG